UGAUGAUUGUAUACGAUAGCUACAUCUGAAGUUGGAAGCAUUCUUUUACUGCGUAUCUAAUAGAAGACGAUCUAACAGACGAUCUAAGAGGUGCACGCGUAUGUUCUAUCCACCUCAUGGAUAGACAAUGUAAUGUCUUAGUUUCAGCGGCUUCCUUCUUGGUGCUUCUCCUUCUUUCGGGCGAGAUAUUCUCGACAGAUGGAGCUGUUGUCAAGAUGGGCCAGACGAGCCGCUUGUCGGACAGAGAAUGCAAGACCAUAGCAGAGAGAGGAGGGAAAAUAGUGCGACGUCAAAUCGUGGGAAACAUCUCGUGUAACGGAUCUGAAGACUGCCCUGACGGAUGCUGCCGUGACACCGCGGGAAACAAUGUGGAGAACGGGCAGAUCGUGUCGACACUUCUGGACGGUAUACUCACAGAACCCAUUGGUCAGCCAACGUGUGGAAACGUGUCUGUGGAGUGCGAGCCAUGUAGUGAUGACUGCAGCUGUGCUCCGGGUUUGGUGUGCCAGGCCCCGUCAUUCCCUUCUAACGUCUCCCUGAUCUGUGUCUCUGACGCAGCCUACGAUGAAUAUGAAGACAUCUUAGAUGGUGGCAACCUCUAUGACCACACCAGUUUCCCGUGGAACAAUACCGAAAUCGAGGAAAUCAUCAACGGCACCAAGGAAGAAAUGACGACACUGGAGGACAUGUUCGAGGACAUGAUGAAGCUAGCCCCACAGACGAACUGCACCGAAUGGGAGUGGGAGUUCACGUGGGACUGGGACGAGGGAGGUACCACACCCGCUGGGACAACCACCCCGGGGACGCUUAGGCGAAGACGCCGUUGUGUUAGCUCCAUUGAGUCGCUGACUUUAACGACCACGGAGCUCCCAGAUCCUGAUUGGUCACAAUUGAAAAGAGACACCGAUGACGAGAUCAAGAGCGUUCUUCUCUCGGCUCUUUACGAACGUCCAAUCAGUAUGAGGAGGAAACGGCGAGCGCGCCUUCGAAAGAAGCGGGACCUGCAGAUGCGGGAAUCUCGAGAUGUAAGCAAUUCUAUACCAUUGACCUCAAGUAAUACAGGCACAGGCACACUUCAGGUGGAACAGAAUGUAGUGGAAGGACAAGCAGACGUGACAACACCCUUUACAAGCCAACAGAUAUAUUCCAGUGCCGACAAUGUUGGAGAACUACCCCAGCCUGGCACAAUGUUCACUGACGUUGAAGAAGAGGGCCUAGGUGGUAAUGCCAUUGUAGCGGAUGUCCCAGAAAAGAAUACUGCAUUAAUUAACUCAAAUGGUUUCAUUGAUGGUGCAGAGAACGACGUUUCGAAUGGGCAAGCUAUAUUAGAAGACGACACCAAGACCAGCGAUUUCAAAGAAACAGAGGGCACUGCUGAAUUAUUGUCUGAGGAUUCAGAGGCUGGAUCUCACUCAGCUAGGACCGACGCCAGUGGCCUGGACGGCUUAUUGGUUGUAGAAGAUGACACAACAACCACAGUCUUGCCUCUUCAAGCCACAACACCGAUGAACAAUGGUGAACUUUACUCCAUCCUGGAGACAGAAUCUCCAGAAAUCCCUGAUAAAGAUCUGAUGGAAAUUUUCUUUGGGCAUUGGGACCAGACGAAGGGGUCUUUGUACUCAGAGGUUGACGAAACAGAUCCAGGAACGGAUUCUCGAAAUCAGGAAAAAGGAAGUAUGAUUAUCGAGGAUGAUAUGACAACUGCUUUACCAUGGUACCAAUAUUCAACUCCCGGAGACGCUUACAUGGCUUACUCAACCACUGGAGGUGCUGCGGGGGUAGCAACCCUGGACGAUGAUCCAAUUCAAACCUCAAAUGCUGGAGUAGCAACCUUGGAUGAUGAUCCAAUUCAAACCUCAAAUGCUGGAGUAGCAACCCUGGAUGAUGAUCCAAUUCAAACCUCAAAUGCUAUAAAAGACGGCGAGGCGACAGUAGAGGACGAUACACCACAGCUACCAGAAAUGACCGAGAAUGAUAUGGAAAGUGAUAACACCAUCCUGAAAUUCCAGGCGCAUGAUCAAGAAAGUUCGGUCUUACCCAAAUCUUCAGAGGAACUGCCUUUCCACGAGACAAACUAUGGCGGAGAGGCAAUACUACAAGAUAACCCAGUUAAGAGAGAAACUGAAAAUGAUUAUGGUAGGACAAGCGGCGUUGCAGUGGUUCAAGAUAACCAAAUAACCCCUGAGCAAAAGGGCAGUCCUAUGAACAGUUUUUCGUUUUCUGAGAAUGGCGAGCCCAACGGACACGCUGUUCUAGAAGAUGACAUGGCGGAACCAAUUUUACAAAAGGAGAGCCUACCAAGUGGAGAGCCUACAUUGAUCUCUGAAGGGCCGGCGGCACCUUUGGAAGAACCUCCUCUAUACAAGGGGGCCUCGUUCAUGGGAAAUGUUGCUACACCACCACUUUUAAUUCAGCAAGCUCCCUCAUUGCUGUUUUCUAUUUUCAAAUUCCAAUUUUCGCUUUUGAAUCCAUUGUAUGCCAAGGUGGAAGUCUCAUAUUCCCAACCACACAUUCAAAAAGAGCUGAUAGAACCCAGUGGAAAUGCUGGAAUACCUUCUGAUGAAGAUAAUUUGUCCAAUGUUAGGGAGGGUGAGACCACCGGCCAAGCAGUUAUACAGGACGAGAUAGCAAUACCAGAGGAAAACCAACAAAGGGAACAAAGCGGGGAAACUAAUGUCUAUUCCAAUGAGGAAAAUGUUGGCCCCGAUUAUCCUGCAGACAGUCAAAGAAAUUUUGAACAACUGCCUGUGAGACAAAGGAGAGAUGUUGAUCGUGCAGCUCUACCUGGAGAAGUGUCUCCUCUGCUUGGAAUGCUGCGGGAUUUCAGUCAAGAUUUCUCUAACUCUGAUAAUUCGAUUCAAAACCGUGAUUCAAGUGCAUCCAGCAGCACUGAUGAUGAUGAUGACGAUGAAGCAACUUUACAAGAUGAACCACAUAUGAUUCAAGAGACUGCUCCCAAAGAGGACAGUUCUUUGCAGACUGUCUUGGCUCCAAAUAGACAUGACACACAGUCUGAAGAACAGCCUGCUAUUACAAAUGUAGAAUCAAGUGGAGAAGCAAUCUUGGAAGACGACAUAGCUCCCGAAAAGACAGACACCAUGCUGAAUGAAAACACUGCACAGAUUACAAGUGAAGAAGAAACCUAUCCCACUCUCUCCAAUUGGGAAAAUCCCAAUUCAGUUGGACAGGCAAUACUUGAAGAAGAAGAUAUAGUACCCCCGGCUCGUCAACCAGAUGUUCUGCCAGACAGAUAUGUUGCCUUUCUUUUCAGUAACCAAGAUUCUGUCCUAGAUCCUUCCCCUGGUGAAGCUAUAUUAGAAGAAGAAACGCCUCAAGCAGAUUAUCGCAAUUUAGAUGGACAAGCAAUACUGGAAGAAGAUACGGUGCCUCAAGCUCGCCAGCCAGAUAUUCUGCCAGACAGAUAUGCUGCCCUUCUUUUCAACCACCAAGACCCUGUCCCAGGACGUUUUCCCGUGGAAAUUAUAUUAGAAGAAGAAACGCCUCAAGCAGAUUAUCGCAAUUCGAUAGGGCAGGCAAUACUGGAAGAAGAUACAGUACCUACGGCUCGCCAGCCAGAUGUUCUUCCAGAAAGAUAUGCUGCCAUCCUUUUCAGUGACCAGGACCCUGUCUCCGUACCUUCCCCUGGUGAAGCUAUAUUAGAAGAACAAACGCCCCAAGCAGAUUAUCGCCAUACGGAAGGACAGGCAAUACUGGAAGAAGAUACAUUACCUCCGGCUCGCCAGCCAGAUGUUUUGCCAGACAGAUAUGCUGCACAAUUAUCAAGUGACCAAGAUUCUGUCUCAGGACCUUUCUCUGCUGGAGAAGCCAUUUUAGAAGCGGAAGCAGCCCUGCCCAAUCUUCCAGACGGUCCCUCUUCAGUACUUGGUGAAUAUGACACCGAGCCUGUUUUGACAUCACAAGUUAAUGAUAAAAUGUCUGGAGUGGCGGCCUUAGAAGGUGACAUAACAACACCAACACCUCUUCAACAAACCACUCCCAGUGAUAACAACGUGCUUUCCAUUGAUAAUGUUGCAUACAAUUACGAUGAUGGACACUUUGUCAUAGAGGAUGAUAAGGAAAUCCUGAACCCACAGCAAAUUCUUCGAGAUAUUGCAGAAGUAAUUCACGAGAAUUCGGACAUCUUAUCAGAUUUCAAUGGAGAAAUGUUUAGCCUGCAGGAUGACACGAUUACGUCAUCUCCAAGUUUACAAUCAUUUAUUCCGACUCAGCAAAGUGUAACUUCUGCCAGUGGACCGAAUGAAGAAGACGCUCAUCCUUACAGUGCCGUUGGCAGUGAAAAUCCUUCUUACAUUAACUCAGUAGAUGCAAACAGUGAAGCAUAUCACUCAGAUCAUGUGCCUGUCGGUGACAUGGAUUUCAAAGGGAUUGAGUUCACAAAUCAAGAAUCACCAGCACAAUCGAAGACACCGUCAGGCAACUGGAAACCACAGUUCAAUGUGGAUCAUGAUUUUCGAGUUGUUGGAAAUGACCAAGACGAUUUAGGCCACCAUGACUACCUUGACAUGACUGAAAGAGUUGUAAACGAGGCCGACGCUGCUCCAUUAUGGUCAAAUGAUGCAAAUCGAUUUCCGAUAGUACAAAACGACGAUAUUGGCGGUAACAUGGACUUGACGAAACGAGAUGUAGACGAUACCGCCACUGGACAAGAUGGUUUCUUAACAGGGUCAGAUUUCACGCCAGAGGAGGUCCACAAUCAAUAUCCAGGUGUGGUAGACACUUAUCUGCCCGAUCCCUUAUCCAGUAGUGAUGACAUCAUUGCCGACCAGAACGCAGUGAAAGACAACAACCGCGGGGUUUUGGUCGAUACAAACUGGGAUAUCCCACAGGUAGAAAACGACCAAACGAAUGCCAACGAAGGAAGUGGUGUUGAUGAAGGAAAUGCACAUGCACGCUUUCAGCUUGGGGCAUCAGGAAAUAUAGUUGCUGCAACUGACGACACUCUAAAAUUCAGAUCUCAAGGAGAUGCUGCUUCCGAUAAUAAUAAGUUUGGAGAACUACAGAAAGAAGAUAUGAACAACGAUGACCCAACUGCUUCAUUGGCAAGUGGAAUCCCAGGUACACUCACUGAUACCAAUAUAGCGGCAGAAGAUGAGAACCAUUUGCCAAAGGCUCAAACAGGCGAAGAUACUACAGAGCGACCCUCAACCCCCAGUUUAAUGUACAUGUUGGGACUUGCACUGGAUCACAUAAAACAAGCAGAGAAGAUCUACAAAGACAAGCCAGAAUCUUCAGCACAACAAUAUCUCGUCAGGAACAACAAUCAGGAACAACAAUUCCUAACCGUACCGGCACACAGUGCUCGGAAUAGUGUUAGCUUGGGAGCAGUGCUGCUCAUUUCUCUCAAUGUUCUGUUCUAUUUCUUUUGA